AUGUCUCAACGAGGCCGAGUGGUGAUCAACCUUGAAGAUACACCACCGCCGCCCGAGUCCCAAAGUCGCCAUGUACCACAGCGUAUACCAGACACGAUAUUCUUCACAUCCUCAGAAGAAAGCGACAGUGAUAACGAGCUCGAGGUUAUCUGGGAUACGCGCAAGCAGCGCAUCGACAAAGAAGCACCAAACACCAAGAUCAACACUGCUCACCUCUCGACUACGAGUACAUCCAAAGCAAAUGCUCGACCCCCUCAGCCACCGCAAUUGGCUCCAGCGCAACAACAGCAACAGCAGCAUCAGCAUGGCCGUAGUCAACCCCAACAGCAACAAAGACAUGGCCAACAGUAUAGCAGGGUUUCGAUCGCGAACCCAAAGACACAAGCUUUCCUCGCCGCUCUCUCAAAGUCUGGUCCCUCUACAUCUUCGAAUUCGACCUCGAUCUCAACCUCGACAGCUGCGCCAGUUCAUACAGCUGGCUCAGCACUGCGGCGUUGGAAAACCCCAUUGCUGUCGUUGCAACCUCAAUUCUCGAGGCCUGUGCCAGUAGCGCCUGAUCGAUCCCCACGACCAUAUACCUUCAUACCGACCACUGUAGAAGCCCCUUCGCCGGCCACUGCGAAAGGGUCAACAAGGCCCUCAGACUCACGAUCUACACAGCCUGUGAGAAGACAAGCCGAACCGCCCUCGUCAAGCACACCACACUCGAGAGCUUCAUCAACGAAUGUCCGUAAAGAGAAUGCUGUCAGUCUCGGUCACCUUGAAGAGGUCUUGCCAAUAUCGAAAAAGGGAAUGUCACCUCCAUCGUCUAUAGCGCUCAACUCGUCUCCGCGCAGACCAAAAAACCCGCAAACAUCUCCAUUUCCACGCAGGAAGCCCGCGGCACUGCGCGCGAGCCCAAGAAUGCCCCUGUCUCUGGUUGAUCUGACGCUACCACCUGCAAAACACUCUCCACGGAAACCUUUGCUAGCAUAUUCCGUCAUUGAGAUUGAAUCGUCGAGUGAAGACGACAUCGCGGCACCUGCUGCUAGCUCAAGCCUCUCUAGUAAUCCUUCGAACCAAGGCUCGCCUCGCACUGGCAAGAGGAAGGUUGUGGAACUUGACGACGAAGGACCUGUGAAACGACUCCGACGCAUUCGCUCUUCUAUAACCCAACCAGAAAAUUCAGCACCGUCAACUAAACCAAAUAUUUCUCAAGAUGAGGUUAUGGAUUCCGUGGAGGACGAUCAACAGACAUUCGCCUUUUCGACAGAUUUAUCCAAGAUUCGACCAUUUGCCAACCGGUUCGGACAGCCUUUCACCCCAGAGGAAGAUGCAUUGAUCAUACAUCUGAAAGAGGUCAUCUGCAUUCCUUGGAAAGACUUCGAACGCUUCUUUGUAGGAAGGAAGUGGCCCUCGCUGCAGACGAGAUUCUCAAAAGUCUUGUCAAAACGCACUACACGAGCAUUUACCACCAAACCCCUCUCCCAACUCGCUACCGUGAAUCAACCGUCUUACGUGAACCGUGAAUUACGGCGCGCGACAUAUGCUCAAGCAAAUCCGGUGGACUCUUCUGUAGCGACUCAAGAAGAAGAUGUCGAAACUCCGGAUGACCCAAAUCGUUGCAGGCGAAGCGUGCGACCUCUGAACCAUCUCGUCCGACACCGAGAGCUCGGUUCCACCCUUGGCCGUGAAUGGCCGAGGAAGUUUCAAGCAGGUGUCAGGGAUCUUGUUUACAGCAGCAUGGGUGCACAAGCCUAUAUGGACAAUGCAUCGGGCGAUGUGUCAACAAUCGCAUGGUCCCCCGAUGGCGAGUCCUUUGCUGCAGGCGCGGUCGCUGUCACCGACGUACAAUCCGUUGAUUACAACAAGCCUCGAAAUCUUGUCAUAGGGAGUGCCACAACACAGAUAGUUAAGGAGCUUCCGCAUCAUACCAUAAAGUGCCGAUUACCUGACGGUCGCCGGAGAGAGUUGUUCUCUACUGUACAGGCAGUGGCCUUCAGUCCAGACGGCAAAUACAUGUACUCUGCCGGUAUUGACCGGUAUCUUCACAAGUACAGGGUUGAUGGAUCUCCACUCUGUACUACGCUUGUUCAUAAUCGCAAACAUGCAGCAUCGGUGGACUUUCUUUCUGUUAGUAACAACGGACUAGUGGCAACUGGAAACGCUUCUUCUGGUCUUGAUUCGAUCCAGGUCUAUCCUCAUCAUGGCGACGAACUGUCAGAGCCUAUCUGCUUUUCAGGCAUGUCGCAGGCUAACAGGCAUCCAUCCGCACUAAAGUGGGGUGUAGCACACCACCAUCAGGAUUACCUGCUUGCAGGCUUCUCAACCGAAGCUGAAGUAGUCUAUGCCGAAGACGAUCAUCGGGACAAAGAAGGAGAGGUUGCCCUGUGGAACAUCAGAACGCAACAGAGAAUGGAAACCGACGCUCCGAAUCGCAACGUCUUCGAUCUUGCAUGGAACCCAAAUUCGGGUGGCAACUCGUCUAUCUUCGCAGUGGCUAGCCGGCCGAUAAGUCAUGUCAGCCAUGGGAUACGAUCAGUCGUACGGCUCUACUCACCUCACCAGACUCGUGCAUCACACACCAUAGAGCUGGACUGCCCAGCAUGGGAUAUCAACGAUGUCGUCUAUUCGCCUCAUGAUGACAACCUUAUCGCCGUGGGCAGUACUGAAGGUUGUGUUUACAUAUGGGAUGUUCGAUAUGCGAAACACGGCCAGAUGCCAUUGAGAACGCUCAGACAUGGGGAGUCACUUGCGAUCAUGAAUCACGAGAAAAAGAGGUGGGAGGUCGAUACGGGCGUCCGAUUCCUGUCCUGGGGAUCUGAACGAGACAGAUUAUACACUGGCUCCUCCGAUGGAGUCGUCGCGUGCUGGGAUCCAUACCGCAGCGAUUCAGACAAGCAUGUCCGUGAUGUCGUGCAACUCAACUCUGCCGUCAUGUCAGGUGCAUUCAGUCCAGACUUUUCUCGUCUUUUGAUCGGAGAGGAUGCGGCCAGGCUGAAUUUGCUCUCUGUUGGUAAUGAUGGAGCCUGGUUCAACAGAACAACCACAGCAAAAUUCAGUGUCGAAGAGGCACCUCUGCAAGAGGAUGAGAUUGUUACCCCAAUCCUCUGGGAUUGUCAGAAAAUGUUGAUUUCUCAAGAACUUGAGGUCAAGCCAGCGGGAACUAUGCCCUCCAGACAAGUGGUUCAAGGUCCUAACUACAACGGCCCCUGGCGUCUCACCGCAGAGGCAGCCGCAAAGGCCCCCGAAGAGAUACUUAAAGAAACCGCCAAAGCCAGAGACGACAGCCAGAAGUUCCAGGACAAGGUCCUCAUGUCCCUCCGCCGGCGUAAGAAGCAAACCCGAAAGUCCGGUCUUCGGCCAACCGAUCCUUGCGAUCUCGAAUGUGGUUUCAUUCCUCUGCCAGACGAUUACCAUCCAAAAGAGGUAUGGCUCUCAAAGCACAUACCAGAUCCCAGCAGUGGUUGUUUCAAAAAGCCAGCCGAUAUUGCUUGCUUCCGCUGUGGCAAGAAGCCGGCCAUCAAUCCCAAAACUCGUUUGAUCGGUUGUAAGGACUGUGGCAUAGUAUGGAGGAUCGGAGCAUUGGGUUACGAGGUCAUUAAGCAAUACAAGAAGGAAGGAGCAUCCGUGACUAAGGUUGAGGAAGGAGUGACUGAUGACAGUGUCGUUGACCUCUGCGACUCUGAGGAUGAAAGAGAUCGCUUCGUUCGUGAGGUUUCGGCAAGCUCGACCGACAGCGAUGUCGACUGA